UCGUCUCCGCCUCACUUUUCUAGUCGGCAAGCAAGCCUGUCGGAGCCUCAAGAAGUACUGCCACUCCUGCUGUUGAUAAACUGUAAGGAUUUCUACUCCUCUACUCAACAUUUAUUUUGUUCCUUUGCAUCCGAUUUAUAAGCCUCCAUUUUCGAAUAGGCAAUGCAAUUGUAAGACAUUCAACACAAUUUUUGAAAACGUGAAAUGCUGCAGGCAUAAGGAUGCAAGAGACUGUAGUCUUUCACACGGACUAAAAACCAAAUGGAUGGUCUACUGAGUAGCUCAACCCCUUACCAUCGGCUAUGGAGACAUGCCAAGCUUCGUGAGUGACCUUUCUAUCACACCAUGAAUGCGAUCCCUAACGCUCAGAGAAGGAAGAAGUAACCUCUGUUCAUUACCUAAGGAAGAGUGCUGUUGACAUUGUGCAGAGGAAACAAAGUCUAAUAAAAGAAAAAGAAAGAAAAGAAAAAGAUGCCAAAACGUUCAGAGGAGAUGCUGGCUGAGCUGUGGACAUCUCUGCUGCUUGUGUGGAUUACUUGUGUUCCCUACACCUCCAUGACACCCAUAAUCGGCCAGUCUAAAAGUUUACAGAUAGCUGGUUCCACGGCAACAGCGCGUGGCCUCGUCGAAGGACAAAGAAUACUGAGUCGAGCCAAGAGAGGAUGGGUUUGGAAUCAAAUGUUUGUGUUGGAGGAAUUCUCUGGACCAGAUCCAAUUUUAGUUGGCAGGCUCCACACGGAUCUGGAUGUCGGUGGCAAGAGCAUAAAGUACGUCCUCGCAGGCGAGGGGGCGGGCACCAUCUUCGCCAUCAACGAGAUGACAGGCGACAUCCACGCCAUGAAGAGGCUGGACCGCGAGGAGAAGGCCGAGUAUACUCUCACGGCGCAGGUCAUCAACGCUGAAACGGACCAACCCCUGGAGCCACCUUCUGAGUUCAUUAUCAAGGUUCAGGAUAUCAAUGACAACCCGCCACAGUUCAUUGAAGGGCCCUACAGGGCCUCAGUCCCGGAGAUGUCAGCAGUUGGUACACCUGUGACGAGGGUGACGGCCACAGACGCUGACGAUCCAGUCUAUGGGAACAGUGCUAAGCUGGUGUACAGCAUUCUGGAUGGACAGCCUUACUUCUCAAUAGACCCCAACACCGCAACUAUUAAAAUUGCUCUGCAAGCAAUGGACAGAGAGAUGAGGGAGGAGUACCUUGUUGUCAUCCAAGCCAAGGACAUGGGUGGUCACAUGGGAGGAUUGUCAGGAACUACAACAGUCACUGUGACUCUGACAGACAUCAAUGACAACCCGCCAAAGUUUUCUAAAAGUCUGUACGAGUUUGUAAUCCCAGAGGACCUCAGUGUGGGGAAGCCAGGGGGCAAGGUGAAGGCCAAUGAUCGCGACAUUGGCGAGAAUGCAAAAUCCACCUACAGCAUCAUUGAUGGGGACGAUAGGAAUAUGUUUGAGAUCACAACAGAUGCUCAGACUCAGGAGGGAAUCCUUAGGUUGAAGAAGCCCCUGGACUUCGAGACCAAAAGAUCUUAUACACUGAAGGUUGAGGCUGCCAAUGUUAGAUUUGAACCCAGUAGUGGAGGGCCCUUCAAGGACACAGCCACAGUGAAGAUAGCGGUGGAGGAUUCAGACGAGCCUCCUAUCUUCUCCAAGGCUACAUAUGUGCUGGAAGUGGACGAGAACGCGCCCAUCAACACUGUCAUAGGAACAGUCACGGCCCGAGACCCUGAUGUCACUGCCAGCCUUGUCAGGUACUUCAUCGAUCGACACACAGAUCUGGAGAGGCAGUUCAAUAUCAACGUGGAUGAUGGAAAAAUAACAUUGGCUAAACCAUUGGACCGAGAGACAGAUAUGUGGCACAACAUCACAGUAACUGCUACUGAAGUCCGAAACCACAGUCAGAUAUCUAGGGCCAUCGUAGCCAUCCGGGUACAGGACAUCAAUGACAAUGCCCCAGAGUUUGCUGCAGAAUAUGAGGCCUUCGUGUGUGAAAACAGCAAACCUGGCCAGGUUAUUCAAGUUCUUACUGCCAUCGACAGAGACGACCCUGUGCAGGGACAUUACUUUGAAUACCGCCUCAUCCCGGAGAUGCUGAACAACCCAAACUUCACCAUCAAAAACAACGGAGACAAUACCGUCAGCGUCUUGGCCAAGCAUGACAAUUUCCGACGACAGAAACAGGAAAUGUACCUUCUACCUAUCAUUGUGACGGACAACGGGAACCCACCAAUGAGCAGCACCAACACUUUGAUCAUCCGAGUCUGUGGAUGCAGCAAGGAGGGAAUUGUCCAGUCAUGCAACGUUGAGGCCUACGUCCUGCCUAUUGGUCUCAGCAUGGGAGCUCUCAUCGCCAUUCUGGCCUGCAUAAUAUUGCUUUUAGUGAUCGUGGUGCUGUUUGUGACACUGAGGCGACACAAGAAUGAGCCUUUAAUCAUCAAAGAUGACGAGGAUGUGAGGGAGAACAUAAUCCGCUACGAUGAUGAGGGUGGCGGCGAGGAGGACACGGAGGCCUUCGACAUUGCCACGCUGCAGAACCCCGACGGCAUCAACGGAUACCUUCCACGCAAGGACAUCAAGCCAGACCUGCAGUUCAUGCCUCGACAGGGCCAACAUUCCGGCCCUAAUGGUGUAGACGUGGACGAGUUCAUCAACGUUCGACUUCACGAGGCCGACAAUGACCCCACAGCCCCGCCUUAUGACUCCAUCCAAAUCUAUGGCUACGAGGGAAGGGGCUCCAUCGCCGGGUCGCUAAGCUCCUUGGAGACGGCUUCGUCUGACUCGGACCAGAACUAUGACUACCUCAGAGAAUGGGGUCCACGUUUCAGAAGACUUGGGGAACUCUACUCCGUAGGGGAAAGCGACCGAGAGACUUGACCUUGCGAUCUUAAGAGACCCCUUUGAUUUUUUGUCCACGUACUUGUGUAUUAAUGCUAGGAGAUGUGCCGGCUUAUAGAAACAGCUGUUUAAAAAAGGGGGCCACCUUUUUGUAUUCUUCUUAGGGUGAAGUAAUAGCAGUCAUCUACCACAUCAAGCGCAUUGUAAUUGUUGAGACAAACUUAACAAUGUUUAUAUUAAAAGAUCUAUGAUUCUUGUGGAGUGUAACUUAGAUUCCGUCGUGGAGUGUCUUGCAGUUUUUUGGGUGUUUUGUCAUUUGCUGUGACUGCCAGAGGCAUAAAGAUCCUGGAAUUCUGGUAGUCGUUUGAUGAGACGUGACAAAGAGAAGUAGAGCAAGGUAAUUUAGAGAUGUUUGACAGCCAAUCGGACACACUGGAAGAUGGACCACUGAGGCCACCGAACGAGAACAGCUACUUCCAAUUGGUCUCUGAGCAAGAACAGAUUCUUCUGAUUGGUCUCAGAGCAAGAACAGCUACUUCUGAUUGGCAUCUGGAGUAACAACAGUUUAUUCUGAUUGAUCUCUGAGCAAGAACAACUACUUCUGAUUGGCAACUGGAGCAACAACAGCUACUUGUGAUUGGCUCAUGUCUCUUAUCUCUACACAAUACCCAGUCAAUCGAAGAAAAAAAUAUUAGGAAAUGAAAAAAAAAGCAAUACUUGGUCUAAGUUACAAUGUUGAAUGUAUGUCUGAUUUGAGAAAGCAAAAAGACAACCACAAAAAUAUUGGCUUUAAGAAUUUGUUUAGAUAUCAUUUGAUAUGGUAACAGGUGGCUGCGUUUAUAAACUAUCUGAGCCGAAAGGCUUGCUUUCUACAACUAUUUGUAUUUACACGCUCCGGGUGUGGGUCGCAAGUGUUGUUAGCCUAAAAAUGACUGAAGCAAAGACAAAAAAAGAAUAAUGUAGAAACUUUGAGGCCUUCUUUUUACAGAAGCAAGCAUUAUAUACUGUUGUACUCUGUUUUUUGACAAUGAACGUGUUGAUUCUCAUAAUUGUUCUAUGAUUUUUUCUUUGUAUACCUGUUCUGAUAUAAUUUAUCUCCUGUGCUAAACCUCUUGAGUGUUUUUAACCAUCCUUUCAUGCAACUGUUCUUCCUGCCGUGAAUACAGCCAAAACAAAUCUUCAGAUAUUGUAUUUAAUGAUUUCAGCAUUUAAAGAGAACUAAUUACUGUACAUUUAACCUUGACACACAGAUCAUAAUAGCUUUGUGGGAGAGGAAAAUGUUAUACAUACCUACAGUGUGUAAACUGUAUAAUGUAUCUAUAUUCAGUAUACAGUUACUAAUGGCCAUUUAAGCACAAUAGCUAGGAUGAUUUAAGCGUUAUGGAUAUUGGACCCUUCUCAGUGUUGCAUUUAUUUAAUAAACCCUGAUUUCUUUAGCCCAUGAAAAUGAUGAUACAAAUUCAGAUACUUGUGUAUUGUGCUUACACUGUAUGAUAGUAGAUAAAAGAUGACUUGUUCUGUAUAUAGAGUUACUGCUGACGUCCUUAGCUUUCAUUGACGUGGUAGGUUUUGUCUAUGCACGUUAGCUCUUGCACAUGAUGAGAAUCAAAAAUGGCACUACAGCUGCGUGCAUACUCAAUUUGUACUGAUACAGUAUUAUGGCAGUUCUCAGUAGACUUACAAUAUAUAUGAAAUAGUCUUACAUGCAGAUCAUAUUUUCUACUGUGCUUUAAUGCUUAUAAACGUGUAUGUUUAAUUAUUUACUCCCUGUACUGUAAUCUAAGAUACCCUGUAUUGUUUCCUACUUUGUGAAAUAUAUUUUUAUAAAUAUU